UCCUUGAACGCUCCCACUUGUACAACUGUGUUUAUGAGUUCAUGACCUGCUGGUGAAGACGAAAUGCUGCGUGCACCGCGCAAGGCCUGUGUUGACGGCCAGAAGCUGCUGUCACUCGCUGUCUAGCUUACAUACUCUAUCACCGUUAAGCAUAAAUGCAGCGAAAUAAAUGUGAGCCGUGUAAACCCAGGCAUGGUCCGGAGACUCUUGUGUGUGUUGUGUCUGUGCGGCGCCGAUGACAUGUCUCAAGAUUUGAAGUCGAAUAAAAUAACCGUAAAGCGCGUCAGUGUUGCGCGCUAGCCAGGUUUUGGAGAAAUACCCUAACACGCCUAUGAGCCAUAAAGAAAUCUUGCAGGUGAUCCAAAGAGAAAGACUUAAAGAAAUAAGAAGUGGAACCUCGCCGCUGGCAUGUCUGAAUGCAAUGCUGCACACAAACUCACGUGGUGAGGAGGGGAUCUUCUACAAAGUCCCAGGCAGAAUGGGAGUCUACACAUUGAAGAAGGACAUCUCAGAUGUGGCGAAGGAGCUAUCUGAGGAGGGCUCUGAGGAGAGCAGUGACAAUCUUUCUGACUCCCGAAGCACAGAAAACAGCAGCAGCAGCAGCAGUGCUAUCACCCAGGAAGGCAGAAGAGGGAGGUGGAUGCGGAGAGUUCCCUCCAAACUGCAGUCGCAGCCGUCAUCUCCACAGCCUCGAUGCGCGUCGCCUUCUCUUCCCACCAGUAAGCUCAUCUCUCCCUCACAGAAACACAGCAAGAAAGCUUUGAAACAGGCCUUGAAGCAGCAGCAACAGAGAAACCAGCGCAGACAGGGGGGGAUGCCAACAUCCUCCAGUCCCAGACUGCUUCUGAAAACUAUCAAAGAUAUGGCUGACAAUAUUACUGCAAAGACUGAUAUAUGUCACCCAGUUGUACCCCGGAAGGUUUCCCAGAGGGCAAGUCGCCUUAGUGCAGGGCAGAUAAAACGUACCAAGUGUAAAAUAGAUGUGGAGACACCAGACUCUAUUUUGGUUAACACCAACCUGCGGGCGAUCAUCAACAAGCACACCUUCUCCGUCUUGCCCCCAGACUGCCAACAGAGGCUGCUCAAACUUCUGCCUGAAGUUGACCGGCAGGGUUGCAUGGAUGGCCUUCUGAAGGUCACCAGUUCUGCCUUAAACAAUGAGUUCUUCACAUCAGCAGCACAGUCGUGGAAGGAGAGGCUGGCUGAGGGGGAAUUCACUCCUGAGUUACAGCUAAGAAUGCGUCAAGAAAUUGAGAAGGAAAAGAAAGUUGAGCACUGGAAAGAGGCCUUCUUUGAAAACUAUUACGGUGAAAAUUCUGGGCUCAGCUAUGAGGAAUCCAAAGAGCUAACAAAGGCUGAUCUGAAUCAGGAGUCUGACAGGCCCAAGUCACCCUGUCGUCAAACAGGACCUACUGCUCAAGCACCGGAGAAACCCAAGGGUGCUAAGGACAGCAGCCAGACUGAAGCUGCUGCUAAAGACAUGAAGCCAACACAGGCAUCAUCACAGGAGCCUCUGAAGGUACAGCCUGCUCAGAAAGAGCCAGUCCUCACCGCAGAGCCCUUGAAGACACAGCGCUCACAGUAUGCUAAGGAUUGUAAGUUGAACACAGCAGCACAGUGUGGGGCAGCAGCUGCAGUGAGAACACCAGAGGAUGAGAGACAGACUGAACAGGAUGUAACAGGUUUACUGCCUAAAAAGGAGCAUAAAGAGGAGGUAAAGGAGGAGAAAACUGAACUUUCUCAGUCUCCUGUGAGGAAGAGCCCUUCACCAAGGGCUAGUUCAGAGUUAAAAGAGGAUCAGCUGGUAUCUGUGGUUAAACCGGCUGAGGAGAGUGAAGAGGUCAACUCUGAGCCCGGUGGCCUCUCAGAGCCUCUAAAAAGAAAGUCUCCCAGUGAGACGAAGAGUGAACUGACACCAGAGAAAAGGCCCCGUAUGUCCUCGGUUUCCUCCGUGUCUUCAGUCUCCUCUGUGUCUCCUACAGCAUCAUCCAUAUCAAGCCCUGCUACACCGACGCAAACAACAAAUCAGAGGGUUCCACCACUGAAGAUCUCAGUGUCACGAUUUCUUCCCAUUCCUGUCUCACCAAGCCAAGUCUCACCCAGGACCCCCCUCCCAGCCCCACUUAGCAGUCCGGGCCGUACUGGUGCUCGGACUUUGGCUGACAUCAAAGCCAAAGCUCAGCUUGCCCGAGCACAGCGAGCAGCAGCUGCCGCAGUAUCAUCUGCAUCCAAGGGAGUGAUACAAGGCCCGGGGCCAGGAGGAGGCAGUGGUGAGCAGACACAGCCAUCACCCAGCCCCAGCCCAACAUCCCCACCGGCAUUUAUCAGGUUACCAGCCACCACCAGCAGCACUCAGAGCAGUAUGCCUCUGUCUUUUCCACUGGACUUCUUUGGUCCGCUUAGCCCAAACUGGUCUCAAGCAUCUUACUCAAGCAAACCUGAUGACUUACAGAAAGGGCUUUCUCUUGGUGCUGUCAGUGCAGGACACCAGAGUAUUUUAAACUUAGCACCAUCUUCAUCUGUGCAUGCCCUAAAGGGGCAGGAAAACCCAUUUUCUACUAGAAUGUCAAUCAGGACCAGCUCCUGUAUCCCUGCAAACAACCCACUGGUCACUCAGCUUCUGCAGGGCAAAGAGGUUCCUUUGGAGCAGAUUCUUCCAAAACCACUAUCAAAGUUGGAAGUAAAAAUGUCAAACUUUCCCUCUGGUAGUAAGGAGAAGACACCACACUAUGCUGAGCACAGGGCUGAGAAGCAGAUGUCCCAUCAGUUCAAUACAGCAGGAAAAACAGGGGUUUUCUCAGAAUACACAAGGCACCACAGGGAACUUCCUGAUAAGGAGACUCAGGAGCAGAUCCUACAGGCUCUAAUGCAGAGGAAAGUCCAGCAGAGCCAGCCAUAUGGAGGUGUGGGCCCUCAGUACAAAUCCCAUCAUCUGGUGCAUGCAGAAGAAUAUCAGGAUCAAUCCAGGAUUGUUGUAGGCUUUUUGGGUCGUAGAAGGACGGCCAGACCUGCCAUGACAGGACAUUACCUGCUCAAUGUGUCCACAUAUGGCCGAGGACCAGAGAGUAAGAGACUGCACCAGUCUGCCAUCCCUAACACUUAUGUGUCUAGUUUAAAACGGGAAAGCACAGAAGGAGAGGAGGCGGCUAAGGAGGAAGAAGUAGCACAGAAAGUUUUCUCUCCAGUUUCUGGGGUUAAAACAGAGCAGCAGGGAUACUCCAUAAGCAUGAAUGACGAAGCUGCGUGCUUUCAGUAUUGCUCCAACGUAAAAACUGAGCCUGGAUCAGAGGGUAGUGCAGCUGCAAAUAACAACAGCACCAGUGCCACAGCCAAACACACCAGCUCUUUUUCUCAGUCACACCGAAGGCACCUUGAAGUCUGCAAUAAUAAUCAAGGAAACUCCGAGCCAUAUCUCACGCACGUGGAACCCAGUCACCAGCAGCUGUCUGCCUUUCAAAUCCAGAGAAAUCUCGAUAAUCAGGAACCUGUGGUAGUGUCAUGCUACGGUGGGACUAUCAACAUGUCUGUACCUCAGACUUUGAACCACAGCACUGCAGGCACUGGCUCUUCCACAUCCUCAUCAGAAGCCGACAGCAGCGGCGUUCAUGGGAGCGUCAUGUCUUUCUCUGUGACUGUCACCACCAUACCUGCUGGUCAUUCAUUAGACCACGGCAACCAGGGCGAGCCCUCCCCUGAGCAGUCGUUCAUUGAGGGCUCCAACAUGGAGGAUGUCCAGUCUAAAUGCUACUGCCGACUGAAGGCGAUGAUCAUAUGCAAAGGGUGUGGAGCCUUUUGCCACGAUGACUGCAUCGGCCCCUCAAAAUUGUGUGUGUCAUGUUUAGUGGUACGAUGAUAUGAAAUUAAUAAUAACAAGAAGAAUUUUGUGGUUUGAUUAGUAUUGAAUCAUGGCACAAAGCUGAAGCAGGUCAUCGAGGACCACUACACAAUUGGGUGAAGCAUAUUAUCCAUGCAUCAGAUAAAACAACCAGCAUGCGGUCGUUGUUUGAAAGUCAAGGAUUUACACUGGAUGGUCGUUUGUUUCAUCGACAUCUAAAAAAAACAGUUGCUUUGUGCAGUUUCUUUGUACAAAUGUCAGUUUUCAGUCAAAUCAGUAGUCUGUCAGAUAUGUGAGAAGUAUCAAAUCUGGCAAUGUUUGCACUCGGCUAGGAUUAGUGUGAUAUAUAUUUUCUAAUAUAUAUAUAUAUAUAUACUGUAUAUGUGUGUGUGCACGCGCGCAUGUGUGGAGUUUUUAAAAAGGUGGGAAACUGAAUGUUGCUAUUUUUGUAGAACAUAAUUACUGUUGCUGUGUUUUAGACUGACACUUUUUAUUAUUGGGCCUAAUCAGUAAUGGUUUAAAGGCAAAAAAGGGCGCUAAUGAUAAUCAUUGGUUGCAGAGUACCUCCUAUUUUGCAUUUAUGCAUACAUGGCAGGGAAGCGCAACUUACAGUAACUAUUUUAUAUAAAAAAAAUGUACAUUUAUUACUGAACACACUCAAGAUUUAAGAAAGAGAAAGAGCAUGUUUAGUUUUAGAAUGAGAUAUUAAAACGGUUUUAAAAUGAUACUUUAUAAAAAAUCAACUCCUGAGGAAUGCACAUCACAGUUUUUUAGACUAAUAGAGGGCAAAGCACUUGAAAACCACCUGGAGAUAAGGCAGUAACUGUGUACAGCACUUACAUUUAAAUAUGACAAAAGUAGAAUCAUUUAUAUAAAUGCCUACAUAUAUGUUUGUUCAUUUUGGAAAAUUUAGAUCUUUUUCAUUUCAGGAGAAGCUCUAAAGUAACUUCCUACUGUGUUUUCAUCCCAAAAACCUGGCUUGUAGAUGUUGUCUCUCAUGAAGUGGGGUUUCUCAUGUUGUAUAUCUGGACAGACGGAUCAGCAGUGGCAAAUGCUAAAAACAUUCAAGGCAAGGGGAGAAAAUUUAGAUAAUCUUUUUUGCAGUAAAUUUUUGCUCAUUUACAGUACAUACCUAGAUGUAGAAAUGCAUUUUAUUUCAGUUGUGCAGCACACUUUGCCUGAGCAUACAGUGGGUACGGAAAGUAUUCAGACCCCCUUAAAUUUUUCACUCUUUGUUAU